AUGUCUGUCGCAGAUACUGAUCAUUCCUUCACCAUUCCGACGAUCAACAUUUUCACGCUCAGUCAUGAAGUUACUAUCCCUCACAGUGCAGAUAGUAUGUCUGUCGUGGAUUCUCUCUUACGUGCUGGCUACCUUUCUCCCACACCUAUCACACCAACAAUUGCAAUCUCAUUACACACCCUUGAACACUACCGCCUCAUUCACAACCGAAAGCCUUCAUUCAGUAUUGAAGCAUUUGCUAAGGUACUGUGCGACUCCUAUAGUUUGCCCUACCGCCGAAGAUACCGCACCAUUUUCUCGGAUGCCUUUGAUGUGUAUCUUUCCCUCCUCAGGAAGGUUGAGAAGCGCAUGUUAGCAGCCCUGGGGCGUGACACACCUAACUGGUGUGUCUUGAAUACCUGUCCCCCCUGCACUUAUGAAGUGGCUGAUGAGCCUCUCCUUGAUUUUGGAUCUCGUCAGAUUGCUGACACGCGGCGUUUUGUUGAGUCCGACUAUCUCCUUCCACGUGAUUUCAUUGACACAUUUGCACACGACAUACCUCCUCAAGAUGCUGUCAAUCCGAUCGCCGCUGACUGCAGCAAGCACUGGAAGGCAGCAGCAGGUGACGAGAAGAAGCGCAUGUGGGGCAUCUUUGAGGAGACUGGGAUAUUUGUCACUGUAUGUCGUCACAGAUUUCUUUUGUGGUACACCGACAUGGUACGAAGUGGUGAGCUAGCCAAGUACCCGCUUGCGAUAAUCUCGAAGGUCAUCGAGUUGUUUGGCGCACAUUCUCUCGGUGCAUAUGACAUCAGUUGCAGCUUUAAUGCCACCAUUCAGUCUAGCACCCUCGCACAGCAGUUUAACAAGAAGGGGUUGCGACUAUGUGUUGACACCUUCCACGGCUAUGCUCACAACUACAUGUGUCAAACCAAGCAUCAUCCUCUUGGCAUCAAGGGUGCUGGGAUCGAGGAUUUUCAAUGUGCCGAACGUCUUUUCAGCACUGCAAAUCAUGUUGCUCCUGUGACGUGUUACGCGAGUUCUUAUCACCACCACCUUUUUCUCGACAUGUUCUUCCGCCAAUGGGAUGACGAGAAGUAUCAGAACCUUGGCACCAUGAUUCUCAACAACUAUCGACAAGCACUCAACAUCAUAUCUACUGAAUCGGUUGCACUUGAGGAGGCCAAGGUAGCGCUUGAUAUACAGGAGGGUGACCUUGAGAAGUGGCGAGAGGAGGAGAUUGAGUAUUUCCGAACCCUUGGUGAUGAGCCUGAGUGGGACGUACAUGCGAUGGCACUCCGAGAUAUUGAGUCCCAGACUUCAGAAGCUUCCUCGCGCUUCCUUGCGAUGACACCAUCUGACUAUCAUUUUGUUAUUCCUCCUGAUGGCGUCACCAAUUUCUACUCAUCCAACUUGUCACAAACACGGAAAGCUGAAACACAACACUUGAUCCUUCAAGAAGUCGCUGCCAUGGAGGUCAAAAUGGCCAUCUCACAUUGGUGGCAGCCGUCAUUUCCAGAAUAUCAAGAGACCGUAAAGUACAUGGCUACCCAUAAGUAUCAGCGAGUGCUGGACAACCUACAAUGUCUCAUGGUUCAGCGGCUAUUUGAGUUACAGCGGUUGAAUCCCAGACUGACUAUUCGGAAGGCAGUUGAAAAGUACAACGAGGCUGCACGCGAUAUCCCUGGCCGUGCACCAAUAGAGUGGUCUAAGGUCACCCACUACAACUUUCUUGAUGAAUUUUCCCUCCUCCGCGAGACUUGCCAGGACAUUCGUGAACAUCCGUGGACCAAGCCUGCUAUACAACUUGUUCGUUGUAAUGUUGAGCUGCGGCGGCUGCAUACAGCCAUUGUUGAUGAAUCACGCUUCCUUGCAGGCAUUUUACAGGAGUUGAAGGCUUCAGAAAACCCAAUCUAUGUUGUUGUGAAAGAAUACUGCACUCGUUGCGAGCUUGUCAAUGCUCACUUGCUUGCCCGCAUCAAUCAAAUUUAUGACAUUGAAGGUUUCACUGGCAUUCGUGGACCUGGCGUCAGCAAACACCGCGCUGAGACUAUGGACUCUUCAUUUACUAGUACAGAAUAUCUGUUGGCUGCAGAGGAACUUACACACGAAGAAGCAGAAGUGGAUUUAGAGGAUGACACGGUCAACAGAGAUCUUGCAACCCUCGUCGAGUAUAUGACAGACUUGUAG